AUGAGUGUCGCCAAUCCAUGGGAAGUAUCGGUAGCCGAACAUCAAUCAAAUAGUGCCCAGUUCGCUUUGCUCAAUCCUCAGAAUGGCCGAAUUGAUGGAAAUACAGCACGAAAUGUGCUAAUGAAAAGUAACCUACCUCCACAAGUAUUAGCACAGAUCUGGGCCUUGGCUGACACAAAUCGAGAUGGUAUGCUUGACGUUAGGGAGUUUUCCAUUGCGAUGCGAUUGACACGAAACUGUUUGUCUGGCUUUCCGUUACCAUCGACAUUGCCUCCAUCGCUCAUGCAGGUGCCAGCAGGAAGUGGUCCACCGCAAGUAAUGCCACACAUGAGUGCCACGCCACAUCUGAAUAACGUGUGUACUCCAGAUAUGCCAAAAAUGCAAUAUGGGACUUCUCCAAUGCAGCCGUUGAUGCCCUCAUUUCCUAUGUACCACACAGCGCCAGCGGGAUUGUUAGGGAGACGGUCUUCGGAGACACAAAAUGGUGGAAUUGCUGCCACUUUUACACAGGGUAGACAAUGCGGAAACUGGGCAAUUCCUCAUCAAGCAAAACUUCGAUAUAGUCAGCAGUUUAAUCAGCAGGACAAGCAACGUGUUGGAUUUCUCACGGGUCAAGCAGGACGGAGCGCACUGGGCAUCAGCGGUUUACCGACACCUACACUUGCUCAUAUAUGGACGCUGUCCGAUGUCAACAAGGAUGGAAAGCUAAUGGUGGACGAGUUCUGUAUUGCCAUGCACCUUAUAGAUAUGGUCAAGGCUGGUUACGCGCUUCCUGAACAAACUCCGCCGGAACUGGUACAAAUGUGUGGUUUUUCACGGUCAGCAAGCAAUAGUCCACUGUUAGAACCAGGAGCGCCACCAGCACAGAAAAUCUCUACACCUAAGACGUUUGAAGAUAAACGCAUGGAUAACUUCGCACGCGGACAAGCAGAACUUGAACGACGGCGACAGGUGCUCAUGGAAGAGGUUUGUGAGAUCAUUGUAUACAAACUCUAG